AUGAUGCGCGCUUCCGUCCCUCACAACCCAGAAUGGCCGCAUGCAGCAGACAAGACGGUAACGACGUUGAUUCGCCGCAGUCGCCUUCUGCCACGUCCUUGCGGAGACGCCGCGAGGCCCAGUCAGGCAAGCUCUCCCUCGCGAAGCGUGAGCGCGUCGUCAGAGGACGGGAGUGACUGCAUGCGGCUUCGCGGCGAUGGCCGGGAGGGUCCGUUGCCGGCGCGAAGAAUGCCGUCGGGAAAGCGGAGAAGAGAAAGCUGCCACGUCGGGUCUCCAAGGCUGUACGCAGCGCGCGGGCCGCCUGAGCUCGUGCCAGGUGCGUUCUCGAGCCUCAGCAGCAGCGGGGAGGACGACGAGGAGGAGCGCUGCGACGAGGCCCCCACCUGUGGAGGUUUUCGGGAGGAGGACGAGUCAUCGGACAAGGACGACGACGUGGAAGAUGACCCAGAGUCUGGCUCAGAGCAACCGAUUCAAGGAGGCAGUUUCCCUCAUCAGUACUCUUCACCCAAGUUGCCGAGCUUUCCGAGGACACUGCGACGCCUGUUGCAUGCGCUCGCGAAGCGGCUCCUCCAGCAGCCGGAUAGGCGCGCCUUCACUCAGGAACUCUGUCCCCUCUCGGAAAUCGACUCCGCGAGCCGGACUCGCUCCUCGCGGGAGCCGCCUUACGGCGCCCUCCCGAGCGUCGGGUGUACAUACACCGAAGCUGUGCGCCUCGUGGCGCUGCUGCUCAAAGACGUGGGCCCCGGCGGCUGCGUCUCGCCGCAACUGUACGAGCUGGUCGACGAGUGCGUCGCUCGCGCCGGCGGAAGCUGCCUGCAGUCGAUCCCCGACACGCCGCAACGGCGCAGGCGAGGCAGGCCGCAGUCGACUGAAGAAACUCGCUCCGAGUCCGCCGCGCAAGCGGCCGAGGCGGUGCGACAAAUGGAGAACGUGCAGUGGCAACUGUGGCGAGACACUGCCAAGUGUACAUCCACCAUGAGGGGGCAGAUCUGUUGCCAGAGCAUCGAUCGACUGAUCACGUCCCGGCAGACCCAAGCCGCUGUGUGGGAGGGAAGCAGCAAAGUAGCGGCGUGGCGUCUCGGCGCUUCCGACUGCGUGGCCGCCGCUGCGCUCGUCACCGCGAAAUGUCUUCUCUCUCUCCAGCUCUCUCUCCGAAGCAUGCAGCGAAGGGGGUUGACGCGUCAUUCCGACGAGGACGAAGAACCGUCUGAAGACGUGCACAUCCAUGCGGAAGAGCAAAGCGACCGAGAGAGAGGAACCGGACGGAGAAAAGGUCGACAUGGACAAAAACUAUGGGAAAAAGCUCUCGGCAAGGUCCCCCGAGAAAUCAGAGCCGAGGUGGAAUCUGCGCUUCUGUUCUGUCUGAGAAAGAAAAAGCUGUCUUCAUGUCUCGCGCUGACUUCCAGUUUCUGUCGACUCUUUCCCUCCGCGCCGUUCUUGCGUGACGUCCGGCUCGAGCUUCUUCUGCUCCAGCUCCGGAAGAACGAACGCAAGGGAGGGGAGAGACACAAGUCUUCUGCGCAGGAAGAGCCCCGAGACCGACUGGACACGCUCUUCACCGGCCUCUUCCAACUCCUCGAUGAAGAGAAGACGGAACUGGAACGCACGCGAAAGGCGCUGAGCGCCGCGAGCAAACGGUUCGUCAAAGUUCACUGCGGCGGCGAAGAAGCGCUCCAGCGAUUGAGCGAGUUCUGGGAGUGCUUGAAGAAGCGCGACAGGCUGAACUGUCUUCUGUUGGCCCUGGUGAGUUUCCCCUCCUAG